AUGGCAUCCGUUCAAGAUUCAAGAUAUGGCCAGAAAGAUACAUCUGAUCAGAACUUUGAUUACAUGUUCAAACUGCUCAUUAUCGGCAACAGCAGUGUUGGAAAAACAUCCUUUUUGUUCAGAUAUGCUGAUGAUUCCUUUACAUCUGCAUUUGUAAGCACAGUUGGGAUCGAUUUCAAAGUAAAAACGGUUUUCAAAAAUGAAAAAAGAAUUAAGCUACAGAUUUGGGACACAGCAGGCCAGGAGAGGUACAGAACAAUUACCACAGCUUACUACCGGGGUGCAAUGGGCUUCAUUUUAAUGUAUGACAUCACAAAUGAAGAUUCUUUCAAUGCCGUGCAGGAUUGGUCAACUCAAAUCAAAACGUACUCUUGGGAUAAUGCCCAGGUUAUUUUGGUUGGCAACAAAUGUGACAUGGAGGAUGAGCGGGUGAUCUUCACUGAGAGGGGAAAGCAUUUAGCAGAGCAACUUGGAUUUGAAUUUUUUGAAACAAGUGCAAAGGAAAACAUUAACGUCAAGCAGACGUUUGAGCGACUUGUGGAUAUCAUCUGUGACAAAAUGUCAGAAAGUCUGGAGACGAAUCCCACCAUUGCUGCCAGCAACGAGAACACACAGCUAAAGGACACCCCUCCUCCACAGCAGCCUAACUGCAGCUGCUAAUGCAGCUAUCAGCAAAGGCAGCUCCAGUGUGUUCUAUUGCCAACAGAGUGUUUAUGAAUGGUCUAUAUGCCUUUAUUUAUACUGUUUUAUUAAUUUAUUUGAGAGAACAGUCUUGUUUUACAUCAUCAGCUGUUUGGAUAUACAUAUGGGGAUGGAACAGUUUUUAAUCUGAAAGGAUGAUACAUUUUAGCACCUGGCUUUUGCAUGCAGGGUGUAUAUUAAUUUCUCUUUUCUUUUUACGAUUUUAUGUCACACUUCAGCUGGUGCCAUGUCCUCAGACCAUGUUUGCCUAUAAUUAUCUCUCGCUUCAUCGGUUUCAAGUUAUAUAGUUGAAUCCUUAGGGUAGUGGUCAGGGUAUUUUGAAUUAGCUUCCUGAUGUCACUUGUAUAUUUUCCUGACUGAAUAUGAAUUUAGAAGUAUUCCUGUAAUGAGCCAAUCCCUCAUUCUGUCCAGAUCACUUGUACAGGGGACACUUCCUGGAGCACGCUGCCUUGGCAAAUCUACUCUCACUAUGUUACACAUCCUGGCUGACUGAAAACUGCAGAAAUUAGAAGGAAGUUAGAUCCUGGGCCCAAAGACCUCAAAAUUCCCAGUGAAUUUCCAACUGGAUGUGGAUAUUCAGUCCAGACUCUCACGGAUAUUAAAUACUUCAUCCUGUUUGGAUAGCUAAUGUAUUUACUUUUACACAGGAGUUGCAUGUCUAUCUAAUAAUUUUGAAACUGGUCUUACUUUCUCAUCCCAUCAUUAUGGAGAUCCCAGGGUUACCUGCCUCUCAGUAGAGGGCUAGUUAGCUCUUUCUGUUUCUGUCUGCAUGAGACAUUAAUCACACAGUCCUAUAUUAUGUGUGACAGAGCCAAAUCCAUUUUCUUUGGUUGUUCAUAGCCAAAAGCUGCCUGUCAAACCUGCAUGCUUCAGUUUUCAGGAAUUUCAUCUCCCAUUCAGCCACUGAGACAGCUACCACCACAGUGGCUUCAAAUAUAUACAUUUUACUCAGACCUAUUGCAGAAAUGGUGGUAGUGUCAGUGAACUGAAGUUUUGACCUAUUUUUUUUCCAUUUAUUUUGGCAAGAGAAUUGGGAAUUUUUUUUAAACUUUAGGAGUAAUAAAAAUUGUCACCAUUUCUAAUCUUAGGCUGAAUACAUUGAAAAGAUCAGCAAAAUACUGUGAAGAUAGCAGAAUAAAUUACACAAAAUCAUUUAUGAUAAAGUCCUAAAAUAGUUACAUUCCACAGUUUCUACUCCUCUAGUAAUUGGUGGAAGUUUCUUACAUCUGUGUCCUGAAGUACUUUGUACAAGAGCUUUACUUGCAUCACAGUGACCUUCUUUUUAGCUAAACAGCAUAACUUUAGAAGCACCAAUUAUUUUAUUUUCCAAUUAGACAAAAUUUAAAACAAGGAUGACAUUUUUAAACUGUCAGCAAUGGGAAAAAUCUGAAAAAUAAAAGGAAAGGAAGUAACACUUAGUACAGUGAAUGACUCACAACUGAAAAUAAAUCCUUUUUUACAGGUUAUGUUUUUUGAAGGUAAUUUAUAUAACUCCUGAUACACACUGAGACAAAAUGGCCACUUUUUAAAAAUUGAUUAAAUAAUCUAAAUAUGCUUUGACAAAGUAAAGGUUAUGCCUUCCAAACAAGGCAUAUAGACACAUGUAAAAUGGAUAUUGCCUGGAAGGUUCUACCUGGGCUGCCUAACUUAAAUUAAUCAAUGCUGUCUUCAGUCUGGAUUUUUAAACCAUGUCUAUCAUGUUAGCUAAUUUGUUUAAGCACUUUUUCCCCUAGUAGACAUGGAGACUGAUUCACCUCCAUGAAGAGAAAGAACCCUGCUUUUUAGAGUGACGACCAGCCAAGUGGAAGAGGUAUGUACUAUCCAAACCGUGAUCCUGUCUCUCUCCAGGGUGCUUUUUUUCCCCUCCCUCAUUUAAGACAGCAUGUUGCUACAUGUACCGAGAGACUUUCACUAGUACAUUUUCAGCUGCCAGGUGCCAGCUGAUUGGAAAGAAUAGAAGCUAUACAAAGCUGACCAAGCUUCAUUUGAGAUGGGUGGUGGGCAGUUUACCAUGCUUUUCUUGUUAUGUCAGUGAUUCCUGCUCAAAAAGAAGGAGCAGGAGACAGAAUUCAGCUUCAGCUCUCAAGUUCUUUAGACAAAUCUUAGGUUGCAUCUUAGUCUGAACCAUCUCAGGCAAGGAGGGGAGACACAUAAUCACAUUGUCAAGGAUCUUAGGCAUGUCCUGAAUCCUGCAGCUUGGCUGUGCAAGUGCAAGUAUUCUUCCAGCUUUACUCUGAGAUGUUUGAUGUGAAAUGGUAAUACCCUGUGCACAGUGCAAUAAGGAAAAAAGACUUAAAGGUGUCUCUUGCUGCAGCCACACUUUACUUGUAUGCCAUUGCAAUGGAUUUAAGACCCUCUCUGCUUGUUUAUGACCAUUUAGGCUCUAAUCCAUGGCAGAAAUACAUUAUAGCAUAUAUCUUUUUAAUCAAAUUGAAUGGUAGAUGUAAAGGGGAUAAUUAAUUGCUUUUCAUUUUGCAUCAGGAGACUGGGCAGAAGAGAAUCAGCAAAAUCUAAGGAGAUUUAAGUUUCUGAGGCAAAAAACGUGCUAGGCAUCCACAAAUACUUCACCUUCUGCAUGAGAUGGGGUGGCUGGAUCAGUGUUGUUCCUUAGUGUGCACACAUUAAAAGGAAAAAGCUCAUCUGAAAUACAGUAGCAGAAUGAGUCGGAUCUAAAAUCUCCUUGAAACUUUGUACUAACACUAAGAUAUUGUCAUAGAGUCAUAGAUUAAUUUUUAAAAUGUUCAAAUAAAAUACUUGGAGUUUUUCAAGAUCAGACUGUCUAAAACCCUGGGAAAACCACUCAUCCCUCUCAGCUGACACUGUUUUGAAUGUAAUGUUGGAAAGGAUGACCUGCUGUGGUCCCAUCAAAUCCUAUCAUGACUUUCAGGAAAUUCAAAAUGUGUGGAAUUUCAAGUAGGCUUUUUCUUUUCAAUCUGGGUUACCUAUUGUCAGAAAAGUAAACUUUGAUUUUCGAUCACAGGUUGGCUUUUGCAAUCAUGUGCUUCACAAUAACAUUGAGCUUUUUGCUGUAAGGUUGGUCACAUUUAGAUCAUGAGCAUCAUGACCUCAGUACCUCUCAACUAGAACUUGCCUUUUGUAGAGAAACAGUAAAGACAGAAAAGCUUUUGAGAAUUAACUCACUAUGCCUUCCCCAAAUAUUGCAAGAAUUCUGAGGGGACUAACAAUGUGAGAAUUUUCAUUCUAUCUAAAAUUAUGCCUUGACCUCCUGUGGAUAGAAUAUCCAAUAGCAGCCUGUGUCAAUCUGGUUCAACUUCUCUUGACUUACAUGAUACAAUUGCAGUUUUCUUAAAUUCAGGUAUACUGAACAUUUGAAGAACCUGUCACAACUUGAUUAAGGGCCUAAAUAUAAACAAUCAAUGCCUUGUUCUUCACAUAGAUCCAGUAGUCACUGACUUUGAGUUCCUGGAGGAGACAAGCAGGUUUUGGUUAUAUCCCUGAUCUAUCCAGUACUGUGGCACAAUUCCUUCAAGUACCAGGCUACAAAGCACCAUAAUUUGUGACGGAAGAGGCGAGGGCUUAGCUGAAAACUGGGAUAGCAGAAACAAAACUACUUUCAGCCUCAUCACAAGUAUUAAGAAAAAAGUUCUUGCCCACCUUGCAUUAAUUGGUUAUCACUUUCAACAUAAAAGUAAGACUGUCACAGCAAAUCAGUCCAGCCAUAGAUACCCCCUUUAGCUGAGAUAUAAACACUUGGUGAGAUACAGCAGUUGAUACAUAGAGUAUGUUAAAAUUCUGGGAGAUGAGAUGCCUUUGGGCAGAGAGUCCUGAGCGCCAUAGUGCCAGCUGAAGCUGAACUAAUACUACACAAUUAUUUUUCUGAGUUAUCAUCUAGACGAAAGCUUAUAGCAGCAGGCUAAUCUUGUGCAUGGGCAAUGCACCAGCCUUAUCAUGCUCUGACAAUGUGUUGCUUGCUGCACCUUCAAGCUACUGGUCAGAAAAUACCUGGGAGCACCCAGGAGCAUGGGGAUUGACUAGUUCCUGCGGUGCCAACCUGCCAAACAGCUAGCCAGCCCUUCUGGGUUGAACAUUUAGAUGCAUGUUUUUGAUUUUUAAGAGUUCAUGUUCAUAAGUUGCAAGUGCAACUGACUUAAUACUGUGUCUGUUAUUUUUGGUGGUGAUGGUUAGUUUAUUUAGACUUGUUCAUUUGGUGUUUCAAAUAAGUAUAAACUAGCCUAAUUUUCUGUCAAAAAAUACUCUUUCUCUCUGAACAGCUGUGUAAGUGACUGUUAUCUAGAAUUGUUUGCUCCUUUUUGCUUAUACUUAAUGCAAUGCCUAGAGAAAUUACCUGAGCAACUACAUCUAUGUGGCCUUUUCCAGAGCACCAGUAUGAAAGAUUAAAUUUUCUUCCCAGUCUGCUCAGCUCUGUAUAUUCACCUUCAUCUUAUUAAUUUUAGAAAUGAAGUGCUAUUUCAGGAUGCACAAAAUUUGCUGGAGUUUGAUCCUAACUUUGAGAAUGUUUUAAAUUUUCCAUUUCUAGGAAAAAAAAGUAGCAAAAAUUCUACAUUUGGUGGUUAUGCAUUUGUUUCUUUGGAGCAGACCAAUGAUGUUGCAAUUGCAUUUCAAAGGGAAACCCCCCUUACAAACUCCAUCCCUCCCAAGCUAUUAUUUUCUAUAUUUGUUUUUUUUUGAAAAGUAAAUUUUAUUAUUUACAUUUUUACAGGCAUCAACUAAAUUUCUGUCCUAAUGACAGACCAAUUCCUCCUUGGCCUGUUUCAUAUAGACUCACAGUGUAUGUGACUAGGUCUUCUUUAGCAUGACAGAUUUAGCGAUGUGAGACCAUGAGUUUGAAGCCUCAUAGAUACAUCUUCAGGAGGUUUAGCAACAUAUCAUCAUGUAUGCCAAUAGGGGCAUAAUUUGUGUUAAUUUAUUGACCAUUGAUCCAUACAUUCUCAUUCCAUAUUUUCCAAGGUUGACCACUUUUCCAGUCUAAUUUAAAACACAUUUCAAUUAUUUGAAUGAACUCUAUCAGUUUUAUUUAGGGGUAAAUGUAGUUCACCUUUGCAAAUUAAGCUUUCUUUUUUAUUUCCUUUUGUUUAUCCAUGGGUGUUCAGUGGAGCAGAAUUUGUGACCACACAUAUAUUAUAUGCGCAUCUAUACAGUAGUACAUCUUUGAUACUUAUUAAUUUCCCACUGUUACUUGUUUGUAUUCAGUGCCACCUUUCCCAAAUUUAUCCUUAAAUUGUUAUUACCACUGGAAAUCAAAUGUGAUACAUUGGAAGACCAUGGGUGCAUUGACGUAGUUCCAGCAGAGGUAGAUGGCUUGCCAUUUGUACAAUAAGGUACUUGGUAUCUGAUCUGGGGGGGAAGCAAAAGUCCUGAUUUUGCCAUAACUUCAUGUUCACUAAUAACACACAAAAAUGAUUCACCAAUGACACAUAAAAAUGAAAGUUAGAUAGAGGUUGUUUACCACUUCUGAUGAUAAAUUUCCUUGAGUAAUUCUGACAUGUACCUGCAACUAGUGAUAUAUGAAAUGUUUGUUCUGUAACUUCUGUUUGGUAUUUUGUCAGUGAUGUCAGAUGUGCUGUGACUCAGUUGGACUGUCACAAUGUGUAACCUAUAUACUAGCGUUCAUGUAUUUCAAAUGUCUUACAUGUUGCAUGAAAAAAAAGUUAUAAAAAUAGAUAUUUUUUUCUAUUUUUGAAUACCUCAAGACUGAGGAAUCAUGGGCCAAUAAGUGCAAUAUUUAAUUAUUUACUCAGUGUAUAUAAAUUUGUGUGAAAGGGAGGAGCAUCAUGUGUGUGUGAUAAGCUGUUGAUGACGCCUGUGUGGCUUAAGAUUUCUAGGAAAUGUACACGUCUUGUAGAAAUAUUCUAUAGUAAACACUUUACCAGUGUCGUGUAAGAAUAUUCUUAAGUAACUUAAACUAUUUUUCGUAUAUAAGACUAUGGUUAAAGAUAUUUGUAUGUUUACUGCAAGUGCAUGUCAAUUUUACUUUUAGAGUUUCGAGUGUCCUUUCUUGAGAAUUUUCAUGUUACAGCCAGUAACAUUUUCAUGUUAAAGCCAGUGGGACAGGCUUUUAGUCAAAAAAUGCUUAAAACCAUUUAUGAACUAUCUGCCUAUAUUUUUUAAAGCAUGUUCUCUAGAAGCAUUGAAAGAACCUCUUAGAGCUCAGCAUUUAUGGUGAGUUAAUAAUUUAUUCUUAGAGUCAGUUAUGUGCUCUGCCUGUAUUGCAUAAUAUCAUGUGGACAUGUUUUCUUUAAUCCGGUACAGUUAACUCAUAAUACUUACUUGAAACAAUAAAUAGGGGCACCCAAUAUUCUUGCAGAUGAAUUGUCAAACCUCGGUUGGUGCCCUGGUUUAACAUGUUUGCAAACAGCUUCAAGGUCACAGUCAGCAGUACAGAAGAGGGGAAGGUGGCCUUAACUGGUCACUUUUAACAAUUAAGUUUCUUACCUUCUCUAGAUACUAAAGAUGGAAGGUACCUCCUUAAAGAUAAUGACCCACAUCCUUCACUCCAUUUUUACAUGGUCUUCAAAGUUCAACAAUUACAGUAUUAGGUGUAAAGCUGAGGUACAAAUAUAAACAAAAUGCAGGCCAGGGUCUAACCAUGAAGUUAAAAGGAGACAUCCAAUAAUUUAUUAAUUCCUGCUUCAUUGCAUAAUUCUAAUGGUUUUCUAAGGGCAUGAGCAAGGCCGUCAGUACUCAGUAUCACCCCAGGGUACAUUUGGGACCUUAAACCUGAAUCACUGAUCUGCCCUGGAUUCCCAGCUGUGCCCAUAGAGCCUACAGAAAAGCUCAUUCUGUUAAUUCUUGCUGAACCUCCAGUUUCAGAGGCAUGUGUCAUCCACAUUGAGAAUUUAGUGAACAGAGACAGGCCACUGAGUCUGGGCUGUGGGGAGGAAUUUGGGAAUUGGUUUGGCAGACAAUUUUCCUAGAAAAUGACAUUCAUUAGUACCAUACUAAAAGGUACAUAAGUAGAUUUGUGGUUCAAUCUGAUGCAUUUCUAUGGCAAUGUACGAGCUUGAAUAAGUUUUGGUUGUUUGUUGUGUUGAUUUGUUUUUUUUUUAAUUUGCUUGAUCUGGAAAAGAGUGAAAUUCUAAGGCCUACUGGAAACCAAUGUCAUGGGUUUCCUUUCUGAUGUCAUUGCUGAAUUGCAUUAAGUAGCACAUGACAGUACUUGCAAUUACCUGAAAAGUCCUUAAAAAUUUCUUUUGUACCUAAUGCCAUUAAAACUUCUGCAAAAUUAUAUAGACCAGAGUGAAAUGAAAAUGUAUGUAGAUAGAAAUUUGGAAUUGCUUAAUAUAAAAAUGAAAUUUUUGGCAUCAUUGUUGCUGAGCAACCAAGUAAGAGUCAGAGUAUGAGGAACCACUAAAAUGGAAAUAUACAGCCUGUUGCGGGACUCCCUAAACUUUUUAUUUUUAAGUGACCUGACAGUUCAAGGGCUGGCAGAUAAUUCUACCUAGCUUUUUUAUAAUUCCUAAUAGGCACAAAAAUAAAUGCUUACCUUGAUAACAUGUAGCUGUUCUGGUUCUCUCAAACCAACUCGUUUGCUGAGCUGUUCUUGAAGAAAAAUUGAAGUAUGUGUUUAGGAUACCUUUGUGAGGGGGUGAGACUCAAAUCUGUGCCUUCUCCCCUGACUCUUACUGCAAUGUAGCUACUGUGGUUUGAAAAAAUAUGUUAGCUAAAAUGCUGCUGGGUGAUAAAUUUUGUGACUCUUUUCCAUAAAUCCAUGGAAGCCCUCGUCUGAAUGUUCAGUACAAGUUUUAUCCACAUGGAGAGUUUUAAUUCUGUGCAGACGUAGCAACCAUGUGUAUUCCAUUGGAUAUUCUGUUUGUAUGUGACUUCUGUAUACAAGUGGAUUUUGUUUGUUAAUUUUUUUUUCCUGAAAUUUCUCUUUUUUUUUUUUUUUCUCCUUUUGCAAUUACAAUAAAUAUUCAAGAGACUAUAUUAA